UCCCCCUCAUAAAACAAGCCCUAGCCAUCUCUCUCUCUCUCUCUCUCUGGUAAAAAAGAAAAAAGAAUAUAAAAUAAAAAAAAGGUUAAAAUUGAAUACCAAUUCGGCAGAUGAUCUUGAAUUAGGGUUUCGAAUCAGAGGUCUGGUUUUUGGGCGUGUCGAAUUCUCUGGUUGAAUCAUCCAAAUUGAGGCUGCAUAUCAUCUGAUCUUCACCGUUUCGAUCUCAUCCAUGACAGGUACCUACUUCUUUUGCGAUACUUUUGUUUCGUGUUAGUUACGGUUGUUUUUCUGAGAAAAUGUUUACGGCUGUCGGUUGAUUUUGUUGUGGCCUGCAGAUCUGAAAGUGGGUUUAAGCUGUGUGAGAUGGGAUAGAUAGAUAGAUAUAUGAAUUGGUGAUUUCGGUGUGGGGCGUUAAAAUUGAGGGGUUGUUGAUGGAGAUUAGUGUAGGAGCGGAUCUCGAAACUGUUUAUAAACCGGAGGUUGGUAACAAGGAAAGGAGUAGCUGGUUAGGAAAUGGUGAGGGGGAUGAGACAAAGUUGAAGAGGAAAGAGCUGGGUGUUACUGGCUUUGAUGAUCUCACAAAGAGUAAGAAGGUUAGGCAUAGCAUAGAUGAUGAUGAUGAUGAUGAUACUCAAGUCGACUCCCGAUCGUCCUCUGGGUUUGGUCAGAAGACAAAUGGUGCUGGUAUUGGUGCUGAUGGCCAUGCUGUACUUAUUCCAAAACGACCACGUGGAGCAGGCGGCCGGAGUAAGUUUGCUAAGGGCCAUCUUUUGAAUCCGUCUGCUUCCCUUGAAAAACUUCAUGACCAGAAAGAAGUUUCUGGCAGCGGUCACAGUUCUGUACCAACGCCUGUUAAGUUAAAUGGGGUUAAGUCUAGAAAAAAGGACAAGGGAGUUGUUGCUUCUAAAGGGAAUAAAAAACAGGGGCCAACUGCAGUUGCUUCAGGUCGUCAUGCAAAGAGUGGUGGAGAUUUGGUUGAGUCAUUGUUUUCGAAAGAUGAAGUUGCUCAGUUAAAAGGCGAGAUCAAGUUUCCUGGUGCAGCGGAUGAUGCGCCCUUAAGCAGUAGCUCAUUGGGUUCUAAAGACGAUGUUGCCAAGUUAAAAAAACAGGAGAAUCCACAGAACAAGGAUGAUCAGAUGGGUGAGUUAAAAGGAAAAUCUAAGAUUAUGGAAAUAGAUGGAAAACAAAAGCAAACAGAAGAUCCUGCAGUAGUUGGUUCAUUUCUUCUUGCAAAGGGGGAAGGUACUGAUGUGGCUAUGACUUGUAAAAGAAAUGGUGGCAACCGUAUGAAAAGAAAGAGGCUGGGAUCAAACGGUGAGACUGUUUCAAAGAAGGUUGCUGCAUCAUCAUCAUCUGUUGACCUUGAUCCUGAUAAUGAUCUUGAACAAAAUGCGGCAAGGAUGCUCUCGUCUCGUUUUGACCCUAGCUGUACUGGAUUUGCUUCAGAAAGCACAACAUUGGGUCUGUUGUCUGUGAAUGAGGGUGAGCAGGAAAAACAUACUGGUAGCCAAGGGCCAAUGACUGCUUCUGCAGAGGCUCAAGACAGAGUGUUACGCCCCAGGAGACAUAAGAAAGGCAAGGGCACCUCUAGAAAGAGACGCCAUUUUUAUGAAAUACAUUCUGAUGACAUGGAUGCUCACUGGUUCCUCAACAGGAAGAUUAAGAUCUUUUGGCCUCUGGAUGAAAGUUGGUACUAUGGCCUGGUAAAUGAUUAUGAUGCCGAAAAAAAUCUUCAUCAUAUAAAAUACGAGGACCGGGAUGAAGAAUGGAUUAGCCUUGAAAGUGAGAGAUUUAAACUAUUGCUUCUUCCUAGUGAGCUUCCACGUAAGGCAAACAGUUUAAACUAUACCACCCCAUCAGAGGAAAGCUCACUCGUUCACAUGAAGGAUGAUGGCUUUUUGGAAUCAGAGCCAAUUAUCUCAUGGUUGGCGCAUCAUCGAGUCAAAUCAUCUACUGCUACUUGUUUGAGAAAGCAAAAUUUUUCCCGAGAUGUGUGUAGCAUGAUGGAAAGAGAAACUGAUAAGCUGAACUGCACUUCUGUUUUAUUUAAUACAUCAGUAGAAGAUAAUAUCGGCAGUGAAGGACAUGUUCCUAUUGUUUAUGUGCGUAGGCGACGAUACCACAGGUUUAGUGAUGCUGAAGCAGCAGCACCACCCUGGCCCCUGAAUAAUGCAACAGCUGUGUUGAAGUUGGAUACAACCCAACCGAUAAUACAACGUGACAAGUUUGAGAUAUGCAUACCACUUUGGCCGAUGCUUACAUACUCCGUCCUUGGGGCGGAUAUAUUAUGGUUGCUUCGCAGUGUUUUCUUGCUUCAGUUUGGCACCCUGGUUACCAUGUGGCCUACUGUUUUCUUGGAGGUUCUGUUUGUUGAUAAUAUUGUUGGAUUGAGGCUUUUUCUGUUUGAAGGUUGCUUAAAGCAAGCUGUGGCCUUCAUCUUCCUAGUCAUGAAUGUGUUUUGUGAACAUGAUAAAGACGAGUCUAUCAACCAUCAAGUUCCAGUCACAUCAAUAAGAUUUAAACUUUCUUUCUUUCACAACUUCAAAAACCACAAGGUUUUUGCAUAUUUUAGUUUCUCAAAAGUGAGGGAUUUUGACUGGCAGUACCUUGAUUCUGUGUUCAAGCCACAUUGUUUACUUUCAAAACACCUGUCUCUUUCUGAGUGCACAUAUGACAACAUUAAACUACUGCAAGGUGUACCACAAACAAAGCAUAUACCCUAUGCUGUUCAAACUGAGCAGGUUUUCCAUAAGAAGUCAAAUGGUGGUGGUGGUUCCUUGCUCAGUAGUUCUAGAUCAUCGAAGCGUGUACCUGGGAUUCGGACAAUUUACGGUUUGAGGCAUGGAAAUGUUCCUCCAUUUGCUCUUUCUUUUACUGCUUCCCCGAAUUUGUUCAUUAGCUUACAUCUCAAGCUUUUGUUGGAACGUAGUAUUAGCCUUGCAGCAGCAGCAGCAGCUGAUGAUGAUGGCGAUGAUGAUGAAGAUUUUAGUCAGUUUGAAAUAUCUUCAGAAAGCUCUUCUUCUAAGGGCAGUAGUAGUCAUGAUGGAAGGGGGAUAGAGUCAUCCACAUUUGUUUCUGAUUCCAAUUUUAAUGAAGCUGCUGGAAAUUCACAAUCGUCAAGACAGUUUAAUGAUCCUAACUUGAAAGGUAUUAUUAGUGUUGAAAUCCCGGCAUCGGAUGAAGUUUACAGGCCCCAACAGCAGCAUCAGAUGUCUGACCUCACAUGGAAUUUAAGCGAUGGCAUCAUCUGUAGCCCCAACCAGCAUUCUACAGGCCCUAAAACAAGUUUGUGGCAUCAUCGCAAACCGUGGGGUGGUGAUGGAAAGACAGAGAUCUUUGGGAAUGGGCCUAAGAAGCCAAGGACUCAGGUCCAGUACACAUUACCUUAUUCCAAUAAGAAUAAAGGCCAUAAUAAUCUUCCUUACCAAAGAAUUAGGAAAACAAAUGAUAAGAAAAUAUCAGACACUAAAAGUGGUGGUCCAAAGAGAAACCUUGAGUUGGUGACUUGUGAUGCAAAUAUAUUGAUCAACGGUGGGGACAAAGGGUGGAGAGAAUGUGGGGCACGGGUUUUCUUGGAAGCUGAUCAGCAGAAAGAGUGGAAACUUGCAGUGAAGUGUAGUGGGGAGUUAAGGUACGCGUAUAAGGUACAUCAGGAUUUACAGCCUGGGUCAACAAACCGCUAUACCCAUGCUAUGAUGUGGAAAGGAGGGAAGGACUGGGCCCUUGAGUUUCCAGAGAGGAGUCAGUGGUUUGUUUUCAAGGAGCUGCAUGAGGAGUGUCACAAUAGGAACAUACGAGCAGCAUCUAUUAAAAACAUUCCUAUACCUGGUGUUCGCCCGAUUCAGGUUGUUGACCAUCCUCACCAAAAAGAAGAAUGUUUCACCCGCACCCCCUGGUACUUGCGCCAGGUUAGAGAUGACGUCGAAAUGGCUAUGGAUGCAUCACGUGUUAUGUAUGACAUGGACAGCGAAGAUGAAGAAUGGGUUCGUAGGAGCAGGAGUAAAGAGGACAGUGACGGUCAUGAUAUCAUCUCUGAUGAGCUUUUCGAGAAGGUGAUGGAUAUGUUGGAGAAAGUUUCCUAUGCUCAGAAGCGUGAUCACUUUUCUUCGGGGGAAAUUGACGAACUUAUUGCUAGAGUAACUCCCAUGCAAGCUGCAAAAUUCAUCUAUGACCAUUGGCGUGAAAAAAGGCAAAGAAAGGGCAUGCCAUUAGUCAGACAACUCCAGCCUCCGCUAUGGGAAAGGUACCAGCAAAUAUGCAGAGAAUGGGAGAAACUAAAGCCCAAAUCGACAACAGGCCCGGGUAGUGGGUCCCAGGAGAAGGCAUCUGCAGCAGCAGCAGGAGAUAAACCGCCUAUGUUUGCUUUUUGUUUGAAGCCCCGUGGGCUGGAAGUGCUCAACAAGGGUUCUAAGCACAGGCCGCAUAAGAAAAUUUCGCUUUCUGGCCACAGCCUAGGUGAUCACGAUGCUCAUCAUUCUGGUAGAAGAGUACAUACAUAUGGUUUUGGAGAUGAGAGGGCGGAUUCGUCAGAUGUCUCUCCACUGCUCGUUACUAAGAUGUACUCACCAAGAGACACGGGUCACUUUUGGUUAGACGGUGGUGAUGCAUCCGACCAUCAACUGAGAAUCCAGAGCUCCAAGAGCAGCAUUAGAACACUGGUAUCACCAAAACUGGGUCCAUCCGCCAGCUUAAGGAAGUCGUCAUCAGUGAAGAGAAACAACAGUAAAAAGUUUAGUGAUUGGCAUCAUCAUAACAGGGCUCAACAACAACAGCAACUAGUGUUGGGUGGUUCUGAUCUUGAUGAGUUCAGACUGCGGGAUGCCUCCAGCGCUGCAAAGCAUGCUCGUAAUAUGGCUAAGCUAAAGAGGGAGAGAGCUCAGAAACUUAUGUUGAGUGCUGACCUGGCUAUUCACAAGGCUGUCUCUGCUCUAAUGACAGCUGAAGCAAUCAAAGCUUCUUGUACAGGAGGAGAUAACGAGUCAACCAGUCCCCCGUCUUCGGUAAGUUGAUGAUAAAGAAAGAUAUAUUAUUAUAAUUCAGGUGCAGUUUUGGUACAUUAGACAGACAGACAGACAGGCGAUUUUGAUGAGUUGGAUAUGGGCGUGUGUGGCAAUUCCCUUCUCUUCUGUCUCUUUAGACAUUUGAUUUGUACAGAAAUCAUGUUUUGCUUAAUUGCCACCCCGCCCCCACCGACCCUACAAAAAGAAAAAAAAAAAAGAUCUUUGGUCAAGUUUUAGAAAUGUAGUUGGAAUAAUAGCAGACUCAUAUGAUUGGCAUGAGAAUACAAAGGGAAGUAACUGGCGGCAGUAAUCUUUAGUUAUUGCCUAUAAUUUUUUUUUUCUUUUUUUCUUUUUGCAUAUCCUUCCUUCAUUGCAUGUGUUUUGGGCUUAA